GCACUGUGCACUAUGCACUAUUAAGACAUGUUAACGGCAGACAGUGACCGUGUCCCGCCCGUGAGUGACAGCUGGUCACCUGCUCUGUCCGUACGCGGAGCUCAGCUCGUGUUGUCAGCGCGGUGAAGCUGUCAGUCACGUUCAUUAAUGCAGGUGACCGUAGAGCGCAUCGAGCCGAGCGGCGGACCUAAGUUCCAGCAUGGCUUUCCUGACAGACAUGAUCGCUGUGGUUUCAGCAAGUCUCCGCUAGACUCGGAGCGAACACUUCAAUGGAAGAAGAGGACAAGAAGAGCUCAGGACAAUAUGAGUCCGGUCCGAGAGAGAGAUGACAGCUUGAAGAAAAAGCUGCUCAACGUACUUGACAAAAGCUCAGUGCCUGACCCGUUCACCAGGAGUGUCAGCAGAGUCCCAAACAGUGGUCUCAGCAUCUCGUCAUGUGGUCAGACCUCUGCCGGUGGCACUACCUCCGUGAGUCACCUCCCUUCCCGCUCCGGCAGCCCAGGCACUGGCCCCGGUCUCUCCACAGAGCACAGCUCCAUCUGCUCCUGGAGAUAUGAUGAGUUUGAGCGGGCGAAUACACAGCGUGUGCGUCAGCUCUUUAACUCUGUGGAUGAGCUGCUGUAUGAGGGGAGAGUCAGCAGCCGCUCGGAGUCCCUGCAGGAGGAGUGUGAGGAGUGGAACGGACAUACCCCCCAUCUCAGAAUUUUAGGGAAUCAAUUGGAGCCUCCCAAACAGGAGGGUGUUCAGUACAUCUGCAGACGAGAGUCCAGUGCCAGAACCUCCUCCUUCUCCACAUCCACCUGUCUGGACAAAAGAGAAGACCAUAGCGAGCUGUAUGUAGCAGGCCGCAGUCUGGCCCCGGGCCUUUGGUGUGAGCAGUCUGUCCGGAGCUCCAGCUCCCGUCUCUAUGAGCAUUCACUCGACCUCACUGAGGAAGAGGAGGUGUAUGAAGCAGAGGGCAGCAUAGAGGAGUUUCUGGCUUAUGAUGGAAAAGAAAUGGAAGAGGAGGAGGUGGAUCAGAGGAAGUCUUCAUCCGUGGCCCCCAGGGGUGGAGUCCCCCCAGUUUCCCCUCAUGCAUGCAUCCGUGAUGCAGUUGCAGAUGAGCUGUUUGAUGACACAUGGAGGGAGGUGGUGGGCCUUCUGGAGGAGCUCUUACACAAGUACUGGGAGAAGCAGCUCCCGGGUGUGUCUGAAUUACUGAAUAACUGUCGAUCCACUGUGAAUGAAAGCCUGCCCUCUCCACCAGUAAGUGCCGUUCAGAGCCACAGGCUUCCUCAGACACACUCUGAGUCUCAAGAGCAAGAAUACUAUGCACCUAUUUCCAGGCUUAUGCAGCUCAGAGGAAGGAUCCUAAGAGGCGGCGCUACCAGUGUCAUGCACACAGUAAACAACCUCCCACCUUUGAGAGAGCCCACCCUGAUGCUGGAGUCUCUGUCUCGGCCCAAUACUACUCACACAUUCAGAUCCGACACCCCUAUGAAAAGGUCCUUCACACCCAUGGAUUUUGCCUGUAACAUGAGGACAAGUCAAAGACUUGUCAAAGGUGAGAGCACAACUAUGGGAGUGACAGGCUUCAGUAUGGGCAUCACCAGCUCUACAGCUAGUGGGUUCUUGGAGUGUGUCACACCCAGCAGGAGGCGUCUACCCUGCGCUGAUGGAGACGGAGGGAACAUGCCUCUGCUCGGCUCUACAGGUGGCCAGAAUCAUCGGAAACAGCUGAGCCGGUUUCCAGUGUAUGUGAGGAAGAAAUUUCAGCCUGUCAUGCAAUAGCAGGGUAGUUAAUUUUGUAAUUAAACGAAAGAGCUUAAUGAGCCAGACAUAAUGAAUACUAUUGACUGAUAUGCACUGUCAUAAUAUCACUUGAUUGUGAUUCAAUGUAUAAUUUGUUACCUGAUGUCCAGUCACAGUUUAUGGACUUCACAUUGACCUCAACAUCUGGAGCAUCCCCGGUAUUUCCUUUUAUAAAAUUAUGAAGGAUGAAUGCCAAACAUUUUUUGUUAUUGUAAGUUAAUGCAUUUAUCAUGUAAAGUAUCAUAUUUAUUUGUUUUUACUGCUUAAAUAGAUGUCUGCGGCCAACAGGUUGAUUAAAAAUGAUUCGUAGCCUAAUUAUUUAUUUU